AUGGCUGCCAUUAGUGGUAUGCAAUCAACUGUACAAUUGGUUAGUACUCAUUCCCAAUCAAUAGCUAAUAUUGAAACCCAACUGGGACAAUUGGCUGAUUCAAUAAAUCAGCUUCACAAGAAGGACACACAAAAACUUCCAACUCAACCUGUGUUUAAGGAUCCAGGUGCCCCGACAAUCUCGUCUGUCAUUGGCGAUAACGAGAUAGAAAAGGCCCUCCUUGACUUAGGAUCAAGUGUAAAUCUGAUUCCUUACUCAGUAUACCUGCAACUUGGCUUACGAGAACUCAAAUCCACUUCAGUUGUCUUGCAACUUGCGGAUAGAUCUGUAAAGGAACCUCGCAGUAUCAUUAAAGUUAUACUUAUCAAGGUGGAUAACUUUUACUUCCAAGUAGACUUUGUGGUUCUAGAUACUGAACUGGUCCAUAAUCCAAUAAAACAUAUUCCUGUGAUCCUUAGUCGGCCCUUCUUAGCUAUGGCUAAUGCUUCAAUCAAUUGCCGAACCGGGGUGAUGGAUAUUUCUUUUGGAAAUAUGAAGGUGAAGCUUAACAUUUUUAGUGCUUCUCAACAUCCUCAAGGGGAAUAUGAGUGUUUCUCUCUUGACAUCAUUGAUGAAAUGGUUAAAGAAUCUCUCCUAUUUAUUUUAAGUCAAGAUCCUCUUGAAACUUGCUUGGCUCAUUCUGACUUCGAAAAUUACGACAUUGAUCAAUCUAUUAGAGAAGUCAAUUCUUUGCUUGAAGCCAAUGCAAUCUCGGACUUUCCUUCUUGGAAAGUGUCAAAAGAACCUCUUCCAUUAAUUUCCAGCACUCCUCAUGUCUCUUCACUGAAAUCUCUACCUCAACUUGAGUUAAAGCCACUCCCAGUUAAUCUCAAGUAUAUAUUUCUUGGUGUAAACAAAACUCUCCCGGUCAUCAUUGCAUCGGAUCUUUCAGAACACUAA